AUGCUCGUGACACUUAAUAACAGCCCUCUCCGUAAAGGUUGGCCCUCCCAUGGCAUUCCUGAAGAGAUAUUUGCCUGUGUUGCCACACACCUACCUCGCAAGGAUAUCUGCAAUCUACGAUUAGUCAACAAAGAAUUUGCCUUCAAGCUCCAGAAAACGCUUUUCAACACCAUUGUGGUCUCGUUUCACCCUACGAUAUAUGCUUCUGAUGAAACUUCCAACGAAAAGAUCGAUAACUUUGAAGCUCUUGGAAGUUGUGUUUCUCGGUUUGGCCUUAGUUUCGAGAUGGACCAAAUAUUGCUAUUUGACCCUCCAGGGAAGUCACACACUGAAGAAGUCAAGACCUUCUGGGGAGAAUAUGAGUGGGCCAAGAGCGACUACGUUAGAUUCGAUAGCCUAAAGAGAGUUGAAGAAAUUGCAGAUCAGUUUGGGAGGAUGAAACGUGCCUUUAAGACUUUGACCAAUCUUUCUGAGUUCGCUUUGAGUUUCGACAAUGGUUAUGGCUGGCUAAAUCCUCCUACCCUGCUUGGUCCUUAUCUGCAAUUCGAAGGAAAACGUGGUAUAUUCCGCGAAGAUGUCUUUGAUACCAACUCUCUGGAGCAACGCAAAAGUUCUUCAUCAACGGGCCCUGUGAAAAAACACCUAGAUUCAAUAUCCUUAGAGAAUCUAAAAGGUUAUCUGUGGUCAAUACUCCCAGAACAGGUGUAUGAAGAUAUAUAUCCGCCUUCCGAUUCGAGUAUUCAACACCUCGAUUCAAUUCCGGAUUAUUUUCUUCAAUAUGCAGCAUUGGAAAUUGACCCAACCAUUGAGUAUGGACGUAGGUAUGGAGAGAACCGCGACAAGGGUGAUUGCCAACUAUACCCUAGAAACCCUACCCAUGCGCAAACCGAAUGGCUACUUGAAACAGCCUGGGCAGCUCAGGCUAUUUUGGGGUCAUGCAUCUGCUCAGUCAUCGACACUAAAGAGUCAUUUUUGGGCGUUCAUACUUUGAAUAUAUCUAGCAUUUCUUCCUCCUUGCUAGAAAACUUUAGCAGGCGGGACUUUUUUGAUGCAUUCCCACGCCUAACCCGCAUCAUUCUCAUGGUUAUUCCGGAUUGGAAACAAGCGGAUAUGGCGUGGGAUCCCUUAAAGCCGAUGAAGUACAUUGAUCCUAGCACCGCAUCGAAUUCAUUGAACCGUCUUUUAGACAAUGUUAUCUCGCGCGUGGCUCGGGUACAGUGCCUUCGAGUCGGGUAUGUCGGUGGAGGAGAGCACGCAAAAGGCAAACAUGCUCGAAACCAACAUAUUCUACCGGCUCCAAUCACUAAAUUCCCGCGUGAUGCUGCCAUUGGUCGCCUUCCUGAACCCCCUCUUACAUUUCCUCAUAUAAAGAAUCUCACAUUUGAAAAUUGCUGGUUCAGUCCGCAUCUCUUGGUUGAGUUCUUCAAAGGCUGUUGUCGAACCCCCCUUGAGUCCCUGACAUUUAAUUCCUGCUCCUUGACAGCACAACCCGGCACUCGCCCCAACCCUUAUGUGAGCGAUACGUUGCGCCCGAGUUGUAAAAGAGAAGAAUAUUAUAUGGAAUUACCACGGGAGGGAACCUGGGUAGACAUUAUCAACCAUUUCACUCCGGGGCUCACGCUUAUCGACCAAAAGGCUUUAUUAGAGAAGCAAGAACUCAAUCAACCGCGGGAAAAUCUCCCACCGUUCCUUUAUCGACUGGAGUUCGUGAGUUGUGGAUAUGUUCGCCUGGCACCUUUUUUCAAUCAGAACAACAUCGUCGUUCCAUACCAGCCGCUGGACCAAGUCUUCCCAGUUGUACCCAUGUCGAAUCCCCUGCCACAGUGGCCACCCCGAGUAGAUUUAUUUCAAGAUCUGGCGCAGCAAAAUCCGGGUUUAGGCUUUCCACUUGCUCAAGGCCCACCUGUCACGGCAGUCCCUGUAGCUCCUGGUGUAGGCGGCCCUCCCAGUCUAUUACCCCACCCAAGCAUAAUGCGGCCCUCCUACUUUGCGACGAACCCGCCUGCAACUCCUCUCUAUACCCUCAUAAUGAAACAAUACCCCGGCCUCCAUGGGCCUUUAGAUGACCGUCCACCGAUGUCUCGAGAAUCCGAAACAGAGCCAGAAUCAAACUCCGCAGUUACCCUCAUGACCAUAAUAAUGCAGCCAAAUCCCACUCUGGCAGCUCUGCCACCUGGCCCCAUCCAGCACGCAAUGUUUGCGCCAAUGCUGCAGGCUAUAUCUGACGAUAACGCUCUGCAACCCCCUCUCGCACCCGUGCAGAGAGCCCCUUCAUAUAUCGACUGCAGACUUCUCGCCACUGUUGUUCAAUGUAUCGGCAAAGACGAGGAGCAGAUCUUGGAAUGUGGGUUCUGA